UCAUCUUAUUUUCUUGUCAAAACCAUGGCUAGAAGAAAGUUGAAACUCGCUCUCAUUGAGAAUAAUACCGCAAGAAAAUCAGCAUACAAGAAUAGGAAGAAGGGUUUAGUGAAGAAGGUUGAUCAACUAGCAACCCUUUGCGGUAUCGAGGCUUGUGCAAUAAUUUAUGGCCCCGACGAUCAUCAUCCUGUAGUCUGGCCAUCGCCGUCCGGAGUCCAAAAUGUGCUUUCGAAAUUCAUGACAUCGCCUGAGUUUGAACAAAGAAAAAAGAUGGUGAAUCAAGAUAGUUUUCUGAAUCAAAGGAUUUCAAAGGCUCAAAUGAAACUUAAAAAGCAAUCGAGAGACAACCGAGAGAAUGAGACGACCAUGCUGAUGUUUCAAUGCCUCGAUGCUGGGAAGGUCGUGCAAAACGAUAUGUCGGGUGCUGGUUUAAAUGAUCUUGCCUGGAUGAUUGAUCAGAACUUGAAAAAGAUUGAUAGAAGGUUGGAAUCAGGUGAUAACGAAAUGAAUAUUCACCAAAAUCAUUCUGAAAAUGAAAUCAUGACGGCUCAAAGGCAAGACCAACUCCAAAUGGAACCGCCACUGCUACUACCACUGCCGCCGCUGCUACCACCAACCACGGACAAUAAUGAUGAAAUUGCAAUGAUGAGUCAUGGCAAUCUCCAAACGGCACCACCACUGCCACUCCUACCACCACCGCCACCACCACCACCACCACCAACCGAGCCUAAUAAUGAUGAAAUGGCAUUGAUGAGUCAUGGCCAUGUUGGGAUGGCUACGAAUAACAAUGACAUGAUGUUUAUGGACAUGUUGAUGAAUGAUGAUGAAUGGUGGUGA